AUGCCUCCCGGCAGCGGCCACCAGCUUUGCGGGGAUGCAAUGAUGCAACUCUCGCUGGACUUGUCCAGCACCUUCGAUCUUGUCAGCUGGGGGCUGCUUGACAAAGCAAUGACUGAGGCGGGAGUACCGACCGAGCUCUACAACGAGAUUUUGUCCUGGUACUAUCACAUCUGCUACACGGUUGAGCGCCUUGGUGAGAUUGUUGCGCAGCAGGGAUUGCGGCAAGGAUGUCAAUUAGCUCCCACUCUGUGGGCUAUGGCGGUAGGAUACAUCUGCAAGCACAUCCAGGAUGGCCAGACCCCCGGCACAAUGCAACGCUGGCUGCAGACCAACUCCACAACGUAUGCAGACGACAUACACCAUCGGGAUACGGCCACUACCACCCUUGGCCUGAUCGCUUCGGCCUGGCGCUCGAUGCUCUGGCACCGAGGCUCCUUUAUCAAGAAAUGGCGAAGGCGCCACUGCCUCCACACGUCUGAUGGAGACCAUCUGCUCUUCCGCACCCCGGGAGGCUGCCAACUCUUCCUGGCAACGUCUCAGGCUACUGUCUACCCGACCCUGAUGUACGGCCUGGCGGCAGUGCACCUGAGUCCCAAGGACAUCGGACGAGUGCAGGACACCACCGCACUGCAUCACAGGCUGCUACUUCUUGAUCAAAGCUCCGACAUUGUCGGGGCCCCAGACAUCGAGGAGGUUCGAGCACAGGCUGCCGCUCUCCAGGCCUCUACAGAGGCCCAAUGGACUGUUCCGGAGGAGCCAGAGGCGGGACUGCUGCCGCACACGUGCAUAGAAUGUGGACAGAGCUUCGCCGCCUUCGCCUCCUUCCGCCUGCUCCGCUCCCACGAGGCGAAACAGCACGGGAAACGCACGCCCAAGUGCGAUGACAAGCCCUUUGACAGGUUUGAGCAUGGCGCAGGCGGACUGCCCACAUGCAGACACUGCGGGUAUCGCUUCCGACAGUGGGAUAAUCUGAUUAAACAUAUCAAGAGGAAUCGCUGCCGGGUUCUGCGGGGACAACAGGCCGUCGCCUCAAAGGCGACCGAUCCCCCUGGCGCGGAGGCGACUCAGGAUGAGCUCGGCUUGCGUCACAUUGCCGAAUCGGCCGAGGAGGUACAAGAGGCCUUGAGCCAGGGCUCCUGGUUCACCUUGCCCCUCAAUGAGAAAGUCCAGUGCGGCACGAACAUGGCGCGGGCGGAGAUGGAUCUAGACGAUCAGGAGAAGCUCUUCUUUGGCCAAAUGGGCCCGCUCAAGAGGGAUCAAGCUCCGACCACCUGGAAUGUACCCGGCGGCUCGAAUGUGGGCAUACUCCAGUGGUUUCGACGAGGCUCUGGAACAACCAUGGGCACCGACACCAGAUCAGCGAUCGACAUGGUUGGAAGGCAGGACAUGACCAUGUACCUGUUUAUGAAGACAGGAGACGAAGGCAUGAUCCCGGUCCUAUGUCAGGCAGCGGACAAGUGGAGAACCAUCAGGGAGGAGACAGUCCUGAGAUGGAAUCCUGCCCAAGAAGCCCUGGAGGUCGAGCCCAAUCUUCGAGCGGUUACCACGGAUUGGGUUCAGUUCCAGAUUGCAGUAUCCCUGCGAGCGGACGGAGUGGUCGCUGCGCAGCUACACUUUGGUGAGAGCCCAAACUCGGGACCCUACAGAACAGUGCUCUAUGGACAAAAGGAGUUCGGAAGUGAGCGAUCAUGGGUUACGGAUGACAACAAAGCUGCGCAACUUGCCACGGAUGAUUACGCACAGAGCAGCUAUUUGCUCUGGCUUCGCCAGGUGAAUGCAGUGGAGUGA